GAGUGCAACACCCAACAACUGUGCACUCCUGUGCCACCAUUCGCUCCCCAACACCAUUAAGGCCACGAACCGAUACGACGGCCAAAGGAUCACAGUACCGGUAAUCUAGCGAGAAGUGUUCGGAAUUCAGGGCGAUGGGCGAGGUUCUUUACCUUUCCCAUUCCCAUGUGUUGGGGGGGAAAAAAAAAAAAAUCGAAACCGGACCCCACGAUACGGUGCUUUUUUGGACGACGGAACAAUCCACCACGAUGGCAACUGUGCUCGUACUGCACGGUACCAUCUCUCAUUGGACCAAUGCCCCCACCCAGAACUGCAGCACCCGAUGCACGCUCCGCAGCUGGGUGCGGUGUGGUUGGGUUUCAUUGUAUUGCACGUAUUCGUAGAUGCGUGUUUUCUGCUCUUAUUAUCCCACCAACUCAUUUAUUACCUCUUAUCUUCCCCUCCGCCCCUCCACACCCUUCGACCUUUCGUCGACCGUUUUGUUUUACUUUCAGAAAAACCAGCGAAAUGGCGCUUGCACGAGGUACAUGUCCAAGUGGAUAUAACUGGUACGUGUGUGCAAACCCCGCUUGGGAGGGUUGUUGCUCCGUGGAUGCCUGCUCGGCAGCGGGUUGCCCGCCGGGCUCACAGCUCUCUGCGGACUCGUCGUCUCAGUCAUCACGUCAGGGGAAUUCUGGAAGUAGUGCGGGAAGUACUAGCGGUUCGGGAUUGGCUAGGUCGGUAUCCCCCCGACGCUCGCAAUUCCCUGGACAUUAUUGACGCGUAUGGCAAUCCGGGCAGUAAGAAAACAAGGACCGUUACGGGACCGGUGGGGGCAUCUACUAUCACCGCAACGACGUGGGCCGACCGAUCUAUUUUUGAUCCUGCUCCUACUCCCACCUUUGCAUCUUCGACAUUUGGGGCCACCUCUGCUACAGCUUCCGGUUCGCCUACUAACGCUAGCUCGGGACCAAUCCCCGACGACACAAACCCCACCCCACAUGCAGUCAUCGUCGGGGCGGCGAUUGGCGGGGCACUCAUAAUCCUAAUAGUAAUCCUAGCCAUAAUCCUCUGCCGCCGCCGCCGCCGAAAGAGCAAAGAUUCUGCGAGCGGCCUUCUAGCUCUUGGUGGGGAUCCUGAACCCCUCACCGGUGGCGGUGUUGUCGAAGGUAUGUCAAACCCGACCCUAAAUCUAAGCAUUAACCCCCUAGUGACAAAAAGCCCUUAUGGCGGAGCUCGUAUAGGCUUCCUAGCCUUCUUCAAGCGCACCCGCCCUGUACCCGCCGGUAAGGCUACAACAGCGCAAACUGGCUCCCCCUCCACGACAUACACCGAACUCCCCUCCCCGAGUUUUCCUCAAUCUUCUCGACACAAUAGUAUCAUACCCGGUUUCGCAGAACUCGCUUCGCCGCCAAUGUCCUCCGUGUCGGAGUUGUCAUCUGGGGACCCGGGGGUGUACUCUAGCACGAACGUGUCCACCGCUUCCACAGGCGCCGUGGUGUCGCGUAUGCCGCACGAGACUUUACGAGGCGGAGACAGGCCUGUUAUGAGACCGAAUAUGACGCCCCAUAGGAGGGAGGGGAGGAAACAUGUACUCUCAUGGCAGAGUCUUGAGCCUGGGAAUGGGUGCUGAGUUGGUCGUAUGUGGGCUUUCGGUUUAUCUCUAUUCUUGUGGACCAUGUAUUUCUUUUUCUGUUUCGGGAAAAACGGUGGGAGCAGUAAUGGGUAUUUGGUGCAAUGGGUUGGCGUUUUGAUGGGUAUGCUUGGGGUUUAAUGGGUGGUGUGGCACUAGGUUAGGGUGCUAGAGUAUAUUCUUGAGAUCCUGUUUGCCU